AGCGCCGGGUGCUUCUAGCCCCGCCCCGGGGCUCUGGUUCUCCUCUGCCAGCCCCCCUUUCUAUUUGGGAGUCUCUCUCCUGCUUUUUUCCACCCUAGUCUCUCGGGUUGGCCUGGGAGCGGGGUGUGUCUGCCCGGCUCGGUUCGGACGGCGGUUUGGGGACCGGGUGUGAGAUUCUUCUGGGGAAUUGUGCGAAGUGGGAUGGAGAGCUGGGCAUGGGCCUGCUUUUAGACAUGCACUACUGUUAUGGAAACUUCAUUGAUAACCUAAGACUCUUCACCAGGGGAGGAAGUGGUGGAAUGGGUUACCCUCGCUUAGGUGGAGAAGGCGGAAAAGGUGGUGACGUCUGGGUGGUAGCCCAUAAAAAAAUGACUUUAAAACAACUUAAGGACAAAUAUCCUCAGAAACGGUUUGUGGCUGGAGAAGGAGCAAACAGUCGUGUUAGUGCACUGAAAGGCUCCAAAGGAAAAGAUUGUGAAAUUCCUGCACCUGUGGGUAUUUCAGUAACUGAUGAAAAUGGUAAAAUUAUAGGAGAACUCAAUAAAGAACAAGACAGAAUUUUGGUAGCUGAAGGAGGUCUUGGUGGUAAAUUCCUUACAAAUUUCUUACCAUUGAAAGGCCAGAGACGAAUAAUUCACCUUGAUCUAAAACUUAUAGCUGAUGUAGGUCUAGUGGGAUUCCCAAAUGCUGGAAAAUCCUCUUUGCUAAGUAAAAUUUCUCAUGCAAAACCUGCAGUUGCAGAUUAUGCAUUUACAACAUUACAGCCUGAACUUGGAAAGAUCAUGUAUAAAGAUUUCAAACAGAUAUUGGUAGCUGAUCUUCCUGGUUUAAUAGAAGGAGCACAUGUGAACAAAGGAAUGGGGCACAAAUUCCUCAAGCAUGUAGAAAGGACUAAACAACUGCUUUUUGUUGUUGAUGUUUCUGGAUUUCAACUUUCUGCUCGAACUCCAUACAGAACUGCCUUUGAAACUGUAUUAUUGCUUACAAAAGAGUUGGAGUUGUAUGAUGAGGAAGUUCGAGCAAAACCUGCACUCCUGGCAGUAAAUAAAAUGGACUUGCCAGAUGCCCAAAAUAAAUUCCAUGAACUGAUGAACCAACUCCAGAAUCCUAAAGAUUUUCUGCAUUUAUUUCAAAGUCAGAUGAUUCCAGAGAGGACAAUGGAGUUCGAACAUAUCAUCCCCAUCUCUGCAAUUACGGGAGAAGGAAUUGAUGAAUUAAAGAACUGUAUAAGGAAAUCUCUGGAUGAACAUGCAGACCGGGAAAAUGAUGCGUAUCAUAAGAAACAGUUGCUUAAUUUACAGAUUUCUAAUACAGUAUCUCAUAGUGAGCCACUCUCAAGGAAUGCUGUUACUAGUUCCAGAAUGGAUACAAUUUAAAUCCAUUAAAAAUGAACAUGAAAUUGUGUUCGUUUGAAAACUUUUCCACAGAGUAUUAUGUAUUCCACAUUUAUUAUGAACCUUCUGAUAUAUGCGCCAUCAUUUGGGAACCAUAUCUUUUUAAGUUGUUUAUAGUUAAGUGUAUUAAUAGUAAAAAAAAAUAAAAGAAAAAGUGAAAGCUGAAAAUGACAGUUUAUAGUUUUAUAGCCAAUCUACCUAAAAUAAAAUCCUCUGAUAUUUCUGUACUUACAAUGUCUCAAGUGAGAUCAUUUUUAAAAAAUAGAUGAAAGGAUUUCUCAAAUAUUAUUAAAGUGAGCAACUAGG